UAGUAGUACUAAGUAAACUCACAUAGUAAUUUGUGUAUGUACACUACUGCAAAAAGUUACAAAAAGUAACGUACUUCACACUGCAAAAAGGGUGGCUGAAAAUUCAACCCUUACCAUUAUUAAUUACCACCUACUCCACUUAUAUAUUCUGCUACAGUGUUGCAUAUUCUUCAUGCUUGCAUUGCUACUACUAUACAACCUAGGUCCUCUAAUAGUUAGUUUCCUUGUAUCAUCAAUAAUGGGGAGAACACCAUGCUGUGAGAAAGUUGGGUUGAAGAAAGGAAGAUGGACUGCUGAAGAGGAUAAGAUCUUGACCGAUUAUAUCCAAGAGAAUGGUGAAGGAUCAUGGAGGAACUUGCCCAAGAAUGCAGGUUUGUUAAGGUGUGGAAAGAGUUGCAGGCUGAGGUGGAUAAACUAUUUGAGAGCAGAUGUGAAGAGAGGGAACAUCACUCCUCAAGAAGAAGAGAUCAUUGUCAAGUUGCAUGCUGUUCUUGGUAAUAGGUGGUCAGUGAUAGCAGGACAUUUACCAGGAAGAACAGACAAUGAGAUAAAGAAUUAUUGGAACUCUCAUCUGAGAAGAAAGAUUUACUGUUUCAUGAGAUCACUCAAUGAGUCUCUUCCUCCAAUUGACAUGGCUGCUCUUAAUGAAGCUGCAUCCAAGAGAAGAGCAGCACCUAGAAGAUCAUCAACAAUUCAAGAAAACAACAACAAUAAUAAUAAGACUUCAUUGCCUAAAAGAGAAGCAAUCACAACAAGUUCCCAAAAUUGUUGCAACAUUUUAGGAGAUCAUCAUGAUCAUGAUGAUGAUGAUGGCAAGGGAAUUUCAAUGAUGGAUGCUUACUUCCAAAUGGAGUUGGGGAACAACAAUAAUCCUGCUAGUAGCUUCAUGAAUAAUAAUAAUAAUAAUGGAGAUUUUGAUGAGGGUUUAUUGGGAGCAUAUGAAUGGCCAGAUGAAGAAAUUAUGAGACUUACUCAAAUGUUUGAAAAUGGGGUGCUUGUCAAUAAUAAUAAUAAUAAUAACAAUAUAGCCCUUAAAGAGGAGCCUAAUGGAAAUUAUUAUUAUGAUGAUGAUGAGUGUGGCCAAAUGAUGGAUAUGGAUAUGGAUUUGGAUAUGGAUGCAAUUGGAGCAACAAGAACAACAAGUGAAGAAGAAGAAGAAGAGAGCAAGAAUCAUAAGAAUAAUAAUAAUAUUGCUGCCUCCAUUAGUGAACAUAAUUAUUGGUACAACAACAAUAACAAUGAUAAUAGUUGUUCAUCAUCCUCAGUUGGUGACUAUCAUCAGUGGCAUGAUUGGGAUUUGGCUCAUCAAUCCAAUAAUAAUAAUCAUCAUCAUCAAUGGGAUCUUUCUACUGAAGAUGAUCAAAUGCUGAUGAUGAAUUCCUUGUGGGGUACCACCACCAAUGAGGUUAAUAAUACUGCCUUUCAUCAUUAUUAUUAGUUAUGAUUUUAGGGUUUUGGGUUGGAAGAAAAAUUCAUAUGAUGAGUUAUAUAUGUUGUUCAUAGUAAUGCAUGUUAUUUCAUCUUGCUUCAUGUUCAUGAGGUUGUUAUAAGGUGUAAGCUAAGAUAUGUAUAACAGGCAAGUGCCUAGUUAUUUAAUUAGUUGUUAUUGUUUUAAUUUCUUUUUUUUUUGAUAUUGUUGUUAUUGUUUUAAUUUUGUAGCAAAAGCAAUAUAUAAAUAAAUGUAUCCGAUCCUUGCAAGUUAAAUGUA